AUGCAUGAUGAGCAAUUAUGUUUUACUUUACAGGAUAGCACCUCAGAUGAAGGUGUCAUCGACACAACUCCUGUAAAAAAAGGAAGGACUGGUGGUGGUUUCAAGGACGCCAAUGGUGAUGAAAUGUUUGAGUUGGGAAAGAUGCGUUUUGUGUCAGUCCGCUCAUUUAAAGGUAAAGCAUUGAUCGAUAUUCGCGAAUAUUAUCAAGAUAAGAACAGUGGUGAUUUGAAGCCGGGGCGUAAAGGGAUUAGUUUAUCAGCAGAGCAGUAUCAACGAUUAAAGACAAUUAUGUCCGAUAUUGACGAGAAACUUAGUACUGUUUAA